UUUAGCGGUGUCGGCUUGAAUUGUUUGAUAAGAAUUACGAUAAAAAGUGUAUGCUGAAUUGAAUUAAAGUACUGGAAACCAAUUCUGCAAUCGACUCGCACUCGAUAAGCGUUCCAACGAUAGUGGGAUCAUUGAAAAUAGUAGCAAAAUCGCGCCGCAAAAUUCGUGGUGUUGGCUCUGCUUGUGUUUUUUAGGUUAUGAGACUCUGUUUACCGUCUGCCGUGUAAAAUCCGCCAAGGCCGAGGGGUUGAUUAAUGAUGGACCAACUGAAAAGAUCGCUGCAGCUGCUGGAUGAGUCCACCGUAAAGUCGAAACGGGGUCUGCUCCGCUCCAAGGAUGUUUUGCGACCGUUGCAGCACCAGCAGCAACAGUACGAGCGGUUAUCCCGCUCCGUGCUGAACGAUUCCUCACUCGGAAUUCCGCUGGACUCAGUACAGGACAUUAGCGCUUUCCGCUCGUUCGACGACGCGAGCUCGAUUUCCACAAGCGUGCUUAGUCUGGCGGCCGGCAGUACUGCCGGGAAUGCGAAGGAAAUAACUAAACGCCUGUGCGUUCAGUUCCUGGAAGUUGUAAACCAGCACGAUCACGAAGCGAAUGUGUUCGACACUCUCGAAGAGCUGGUGGAAACGCUGGAGUUGACGUUGACGGAAAUGGACACGAACGCUCGUCAGCUGCAAUCGGUUGGCCGGGAGCGACGGCUGCAGGCCGAAGAGAUGUGGCUCCAUGCGGAGCGCGAAACGUGGAAACUCAUGUGCUGUCUGUACCGUGAUCGUACCGAGACGCAGCGCCAGGAUUCAGAGAUGGAUGAUUUACCGCUGGUCAACAGCGAGCGAACGAUCAUUGAACAUCUUUACGAGGCCAACGCGAACCUCCGCGAGUAUCAGCUAAUCGUCGACUGGUUGGAGCAGAUGGCGCAACGUGAGAACAAGCUGCAAGCGGGCUGCUACACGAACCGUACGGUCGCGUGGGAAAACACGCUUCACCAGCUGCUGGAGAUUGGCCAGACGGCCUUUGGCAGCGGACGACCGAUUGUGAAGAGUCUCGAUCCGGAUGCUCCGAUACGGGAGAAGCGACCGCUGCACGAUCUAGAUGCGGAAGAUCAGGCACGGCUAUCGAGGGACAUUUUUCUCGAGCUUCGCCAGGGCCGAUUAGAUGUGGCACAGAGCAAGUGCGAACACUGUGGCCAGGCAUGGAAAGCGGCCAUUCUGGAAGGCUGGAAGCUGCAUCAUGAUCCCAACUAUGGCUCCGAAACGGCCACCACGCUGACACGCACCGCCAUCGAGGGCAAUCCGCGGCGAGAUCUGUGGAAGAAGUUCGCCUGGAAGAUGGCCGAAAGCCGGCUGCUGGAUCCGUACACGAAGGCAUCGAUCGGUUCGCUGUGUGGUCAUCUCGAGGCGAUGCUCGAACUACUUUCCGAGCAUACAUGGACCGAUAUGCUCUGGGGGUACCUGAAGGUGCAGAUCGACAUACGCGUGGAAAGCGAGAUCCGAUCGCACUGUAUUAAAAGCUAUCUGCCAAUGCCCGAUCGAUACUGGAGCUGGAAGAUGUCGCUCGAACAAAUUUUCGACGAGCUCGAGGCACACCGUAACGCUCGCAUUAGUCUGACGGCCAAGGAUGUAGAUAAGGUUAUCCAGAAGUAUCUCAUCCUGGAUGACAUUCCGCAGCUGAUGCGUAUCGUCGACGGUUGGAUCGGUGGGAUGGCGGAUGUGGUACUUUCACCGCCGAUGCUGCGCUUCCUGGCCCACUUUGUGAUCUUCACGCGCCAGAUAGGCAAACCGUUUCAGGAGGAAAUUGGCGAUCGGGUCAUCAAGCGUUACGUUGAGUAUCUGAUAAGUCUCGGUGAUCCUGCGUUGGUGGCGUUCUAUACCUCAUCGCUUCCCAGCGACAUGCAGCUGCUGCUCUAUUCGAACUUCCUGGAAACGAUCACCGAAAAGAUCGAUCGAAAGCGCGCGCUCGAAGAAGCGAAUGGUUUCGGGCUCGAUGUGCCAACGAUUACGGUUUACACGGUGGAAAAAUAUCGUGCGCUAGAACCAGAAGACGCACCGGAACCGAUGGCAGCGGCCGGUGAGUUGAGCGCACUGGACAACCAAAAGAUAUCUUCGCUCGAGUGGCUGACUUUCUAUCCGGCUCAGCGCGGUGAGCUGUUGUGGCAGGCGAAUGCGUUGAUGCGAUACUUCCUCGCCAAGCGGUCUAUCGAAGCAGCCCGAAAAACCUUUGCCGUCGUGCCGUCGGACACUAUGGAGCAGAUUUAUACGCACUACGGCUCCAAGGAUGACAUUCCGUGGAGAGAGGAGGUCAGCAUUCGGGAGUAUCUGUGCCACCAGUCGUACCUAGCCGCGCUCGAUUCGUACAACGAUUGGACCGUGCUGUUCUACAACAAUCGACCGAAACCACCGCCAGCGAUGAAGGUUUCGAACUUUACCGAACGCGUCACUUCCGAGCACCGGGAGCAGGCGUACCGUAACGAGCUCAGCAUCUGGGAGCACCGCUUGGGCGAAGCUACGAACCGGACGCACGAUUUGCUGUACAACAUCCUUAUGUUUCCCGAGGACGGCUGGCUCGUUGAUGCGGACCCGAAACCUGACGUAUCGUUCGAGCAGGAAGAAGACUGGCAGCAUCGGGUGGUGCAGAUGGAAAGCUUACGGAAACUGUGCAUCCCGGAGGUGGUGCUACUGCUCCAUCAGCUGCACACGCUCACCGAACGGCAUAGCGACAAUCUGGUGUUGGCCGAUGUGCUCUGCUCGGAAUCCCGUAAACUGUAUAGCGUGUUCGCGAAGCACAAACUGGCCGAGACGCUUACUAAGAUCGCCGAAUCGUCCCUCGCGUUGAUGAACACUCGCAGCGAUCCGUUCGUGGGAGAUGCGGUCAAGAAGUAGGCCGUGGCUCGUGGAUCGAUCGCUUUUGCUCCAUCAUUGCCCUAUGUGUAUGUAGUUAAUGCGUGUUUUGCUUUUCCACAAACUGCCCUAAAUAAAACUCCAUC